AUGGCGCAGAGCUCAUCUCAACUGAACGGCACUGCCAACGCCCAAGGACAAGUACCAAUGGAGACAACCGAGGUCCCGACCUAUACAAUCAUCCAGGCAGAUGGCAUCUACCCUGACGACGCAGUGGAACAGGCAAUUUUCACGGCAAACCCACCCCACCCCUAUAAGUUGGAGUAUGUCUCUACCGGUCUCUUUCCGACCGGCGCGCCUGUCCCGAAGCCAUGGUCGUCCAUUCCCAAGGACUUGAGGGACCGAGUGGACGGGAUCAUGGUGUUGAAGAUGGGCUUUACGGCAAAGGACGUGGAGUUGUUCCCGAAGCUGAAAGUCAUAGUCCGGAUGGGCGUUGGAUAUGAUCGACUGGACCGAGACGCGUUGGCGAAGAAGGGCGUGACGGUCUGCAAUGUGCCAGACUACGGCACCGCCGAAAUCGCCGACCACGCGCUGGCUCUGGCGCUCUCGCUGCGGCGCGGCGUACUCCUGCACCACGACCGGCAGCGCCAACCGUACGUGUACCCGUGGAUGUACAUCGACACGCCGCUGGUGUCGCGGGUGCAGCAGGCGACGUUCGGGAUCCUGGGCUUGGGCCGCAUCGGCACGGCGGCUUGCCUGCGCGCGAAAGCCUUCGGGUGGAACGUGCUGUUCUACGACCCGUACCUGCCCAACGGCGUCGACAAGGCGCUGUGCAUCGAGCGCACCAAGGACAUCGCCGAGCUGUUCCGCCGCAGCACCAACCUCAGCAUCCACUGCGCCUGCACCCGCGAGACUCGCGGCAUGAUCGGCUGGGACCUGGUCAAGCUGCUCCCCCGCGGCGCCGUUCUGGUCAACACCGCCCGCGGCGAGGUCCUGCAGCUCGAUGCGGUCGAGCGCGCUCUGCGCGAGGGGAUCCUCGCCGGCGCCGGCCUCGACGUCCUCCCCGAAGAGCCCAUCCCCGAGCACAACGUCCACCCGCUGAUCAAGGCCUACCGCGACAAGGAAGAGUGGCUGAUCGGCAGGAUGGCCUUGACCUGCCACACGGCCUUCUACAGCCCACAGAGCUUCGUGGACAUUCGAAUCAAGAGCGCCCAGACGAUGCGCGAGGUCUUGAUUGAUGGGCUGCAGAGUAACGUCAUCACGCCGGAUAUGCUGUAG